AUGGUUGCUAAGUUUCUUUCAAGAUUAGAUGAGUCUUUACUUCUUAUCCUUGAUCAGAUCCUCAACAAUGAGAAUUUACCAUCUUCAUCAAGAGCAAUAGCACGAGUUCAGCUUGUGUCUUUGGCCUCUAACUCUACCUUUACUAUAAUGAGUGAAACAUCUAUCAGGAUAGCUCAUGGUCAUGGUUGUGGGAGGAGAUUCUCUAAUAGAAAAAGGGAAGGCGAUAGGGAUGAGGAUGAGGAUGAGGACUGGGAUGAAGAUGAAAAAAUAUUCACAAUCAGGGAUGAGAUUCAUAUCCUCAACAAUGAGAAUCUACCAUCUUCAUCAAGAGCAAUAGCACGAGUUCAACUUGUGUCUUUGGCCUCUAACUCUACCUCUACUAUAAUGAGUGAAACAUCUGUUAGGAUAGCUCAUGGUCAUGGUUGUGUAAUAGUUGUGGUUGUGGCCAAGCAGGUGGACGUAGAGUGUGAUAAAGGGAUGGGUUUUGAGCCAUUGGAAUGGUACUGUAGACCAGUGGAAAAUGGGAUUUGGGCAAAAGCAGUGGAUAGUGCUUUUGGUGCAUACACAAAUUGUGCGGUUGAUUCUCUCGUCAUUUCCUUUUCUCAUUUGGUUCUUUUCGGCCUUUGCAUUUAUCGAAUCUGGUUUCUCAGAAGAAGUUCUAUAGCUCAAAGGUUUCCUUUGAGUUCGAAUUACAACAAUUAUACGCUGGGAUUGUUGGCUGCUUACUGUACUGCUGAGCCUCUACUAAGAUUGGUGAUGGGAAUUUCUAUCUUUAACUUGGACGAAAAGACUAGUCUUUCUCCUUUUGAGGUGGUUUCUUUGAUCAUUGAGGCUCUUGCCUGGUGCUCUGUGCCCAUAAUGACUGGUUUGGAAACUGAAAUUUAUGUCCGUGAGUUCAGGUGGUACAUGCGGUUCGGAGUCAUUUAUGUUCUGAUAGGGGAUGCUGCAGCGCUAAAUCUUGUCCUUCCAAUGAUGGACAACUACAGUAGGUUUUAUUUGCGAUUCUUCUAUUUAUUUAUAUUCCGAAUUUGCAUUCUCAUCCGGAUUACACCUUGUUGGAAGAUGAAUCACUCGAUAAUGUUGAAUAUGAUGCACUUCUUGAAGGAGAACAUAUAUGUCCUGAGAGGAAUGCCAGUAUACUUUCACGUUCCAGAGAUGUUGGGCUAAAGAAUCGCAGCGGCCUAAACCCUAGCUUCUAAGAGCACUGAAUAGUAGCCUUGGUGGGAGGUUUCACAGAGAGGUGAGAAUUUCAGUACAGUGUUGGACAGAGGCAAUUAUUAAGUCUUGCAGGAGCUUUGCUACGGAGGUCCAAGAUUCUGGUUCUCGAUGAAGCAACAGCUCCUGUUGAUGUCAGAACUGAUGCUCUCAUCUAGAGAACCAUCCGUGAAGAAUUCAGAUCAUGUACAAUGCUGAUUAUUGCUCACAGACUAAACACCAUGAUUGACUCUGACUGCACACUUGUGCUCGAUGCUGGCCAGGUUGUGGAGCAUGAUACGCCAGAGGCACUGUUAUUAAGAGAGGACAGUGCAUUUGCAAGAAUGGUUCAAAGUACUGGGCCUACAAAUGCUCAGUAGUUACCAACUAAGAAGCACGGAAAUGCACUCCAUGAAUCCGAAACGGCCCAAAGCUGGUAUGAAAUUUUUCGGGCCGUUUCGGUAAUUUUAAAUAAAAGGGAAAUGCGUUUCUUUAAUAGAAACAAUUUCCUAUACACAAAAGGAUUCUGAAAGUGUAUCAUAAAAAGAUUCUGAAAGUAAAUAACAAAAACAGUUUCUUAUGCGUUAGAUUAUUUUCUCUUCUUUGUUGUCA